AACAUUUCUCCUCCCAUCAUAUCCCUCUACCUCCCACCCUCUCCAACAUAUACCUCUCUCUCUCUCUCUCUCUCUCUAAAUGGCUUCCUCAGCGAGCGGCUUGAAUACUUCUCUCAAUUCUCAUUCCAACUUCUCCUUCCCAACCCAGUUCACGAAUUCUUUCAGUACUGAUUACCAGCAAGGUGCCAGUGAAGAAGAAAUGGCUAUCAAUAAUAAAAACUGUGAGAGGAGUGCUGGGGUUGCAUUUGGCUGGGGAUUUUCAGACGGCGCGGUGGAUCGAACCGGUGCGGAUGUUCCGAAGUAUAAGUCAAGUCCUCCUCCUUCCCUGCCCGAUAUCCCUCCACCUCCUGUGUCUCCUUCUUAUUUGGCGGCCGUCUCACCUGCCUUUAGCCCAACUGAGUUCUUGGAUUUACACAGCCUUCUUUCCACUCCGAAGAUUCUUCCGUCUCCAAAUGAUGAGGCCCUCAACGCAUGGAGGAGUAAUUCUGGGAACACCAUGCAUACUGACAUCAAAGAGGAAGAAGGAAAAUAUUCCGAUUUCUCAUUUCAACCCCAAUUAACGAGGCCUUCAACGUCGGCAGCACCCUCCAUGUAUCUGCCAUCUGCAAACAUGAUUUCAAUGGAGGAAUCAUUGAGAAGACAACAAGAACAAUGGGAUUUUGAUAACCCUGUAAACCGAACUGAUUUUUCACCCACAAAGAGGAGAGGGCAAUCAGAGUUUGCACCACUUCAAGGCUCUUCAAGAAUUAACACGGUUGAAACUAACAUGCAGAGUAAUGCUGCAAAACAAUCCACUUAUAUUCAUCACACUCAGCCACUGCAUCCUAUUAGAGAGCAAAGAAAAUCAGAAGAUGGAUACAGUUGGCGAAAAUAUGGACAAAAGCAAGUAAAAGGAAGUGAAAACCCACGGAGUUACUACAAGUGUACUUAUCCUAAUUGCCCAACAAAGAAAAAAGUCGAGAGAGCUUUGGACGGACAUAUUACUGAAAUAGUGUACAAGGGAACUCACAAUCACCCCAAGUCUCAGCCUCCUAGAAGAUCAUCUUCUCAAUCAAUUCAGCCAUCUUCAGGUACCAAUAGUUCAGACAUGUCUGAUCUAUCAUUGCCAGCAGUAGGCAACUCACAGAUGGAGUCGAUUACUACGCCGGAGAAUUCUUCAGGUUCCAUCGGAGAGGAUGAGUUUGAUCAUUGCUCUUCAUUGAGUAAAUCAGGAAACGAUGAGGAAGACAAUGAACCCGAGGCCAAAAGAUGGAAAGGAGAGAAUGAGUAUGAAGGUCCCUCAGGUAUGGAAAGCAGAACUGUGAGAGAACCUAGGAUUGUAAUUCAGACAACAAGUGAGAUUGAUAUUCUUGAUGAUGGAUACAGAUGGAGGAAAUAUGGACAGAAAGUUGUGAAGGGAAAUCCAAAUCCAAGGAGCUACUACAAAUGCACCAGUAUUGGUUGUCCUGUGCGGAAACAUGUGGAGCGAGCAUCUCACGAUCUGAGGGCCGUGCUCACCGCCUAUGAAGGGAAACACAACCAUGAUGUUCCUGCAGCACGAGGAAGCAAUAGCAGUGCUGCAAAUAGACCUCCAUUUACAAACAGCAACAAUGCUCCCACGGCCAUAAGGCCCUCAGCAAUAACCUAUCAUCCCAACAACCCAAGAACUUACCCAACAUCUUCCUCUGCAAGGCUUCCAACAUCAGAGAGUGAAGCACCAUUCACCCUGGAAAUGUGGCAGAGCCCGGGGAGUUUUGGAUUUCUGGGAUUUGGUAACCCGAUCACCUCUUACAUGAGUCAACAGCAGCACUCAGAUGGUGCAUUCUCUAGAGCCAAGGAAGAACCCAAGGAUGAUCUUGAGUCAUUUUUCAAUUGAACAUUUUGCUCAAAAUCCAAACAUCAAGUCUAAUAAACUAGCUUCAAUUUGUACCAAUUUAUACCUCUCUGUUUCACGGGCUUUUGGGUCUGUGAAUUGCAGGACUAAUAUGAAAAGAGGAUUUAGUUUCAUUCUUUCAAUUCUUUUUCUAACUUCAGAAGCCUUCCAAGGAGUAGGAAAUUGGCUUCAUUCAACUCUGUAUAAAUGCAAUGUAGAAGGAGAGUACAGGGGUAAGGAGCUGAAUACUUCAUGUAUACUUUGAUAGGUUUAAAAUACUUCCACUUCCUAUUUA